GUUAUUAUGCCCGCAGUCAGCGCAUCAUAUGUUUUGUCAAUAUUUGUGUUCACAUUUAAGUUAGGGAAGAAAAUUUACGAAUUCAGUCAAAUUUCGAUAGAGAAAUAAUGGAAGAGGAGAGACGUCUGUUAAAUGAACGAAAAAGAAAUAUUUUACUGUUGAUUUCUCAGUACCUAAAAGACAAUGGUCUGUUCUAUACCAGCGCAUCCCUAGACCGCGAAUCACUGAACAACGCCAGAGACUGUCAACUCUGUGACAAUGUGGACUUGGACAGCAUUUAUCUGGAGUACAUCAGCUAUUACAAUUUAAAAUUUGGCAAAACCCCCAAGAUUGUAAAAAAAUCCGAAAACAUUCAGCAAACUCAAAUGAAGCGAUCACAAUCGGUCAAUUUAGAACGGCAGAGCACUUUAAGUGGUCAAAAGAAGAGUGACGACAAAAAACCGACAAAGACCGAGGAAACUAAUCUCAACACUUCACUGGUAAUUGUUCCAAUAAAUCAUCCAACGAACGGCGAUAAGCCGGUCGAUAUGCCUACCGUACGUCGCCGUUUGAGUGAUUGCGAGUUUUUCAUCAAUACCGAAUGGAGGGAAAUGGCUGAGGUUAUUCUUAGGGACAUGGUCCGACCUGAUUCUUUCAAUAUUAAAUGGAACGAAAUUGUAGGUCAUUCACAUGCACAGGUUAUCUUAAGUGAAAGUACCAUUUUACCGCUUCAAUAUCCAGAUUUAUUUUCUGCUGUAGGCAGUGGCUGGAAAUGUACGUUGCUGCACGGACCGCCUGGAACAGGCAAAAGUGCACUGGCAAAGGCUCUAUUUUCGGAGACCAAAUGCAAAUUCAACUUUUUCAAUGUGUCAUCCAGCACAAUAACAUCGAAAUGGCGCGGUGAUUCGGAGAAAUUCAUUCGGGUGCUGUUCGAUGUGGCGAAAUUUUAUGCACCAUCCAUUGUUCUAUUCGAAGAAAUCGACGGACUGACGUCGUGCCGGGAUGUGUACGAACAUGAGUCAGCGAAACGGUUUAAAAAUGAGUUCCUAGCACAGAUUGAUGGACUGUACGACAUUUCGUCGAACAUAUGUAUCUUGGGCACGACGAACCUUCCAUGGGACAUCGAUCCAGCCUUCCUUCGGAGAUUUGAACAAAAAUUAUUAAUCGGCUUACCGAACACCGAAGAACGCGUGCGCUUGAUUCAACAUUUUUUACCGUUGUCCAAGCACUGGCCAAUCGUAUCGAAAGCCAAACUGUCCGACCUAACGAAUGGAUUAACUGGCGAUGAAAUUCGCAUCGGAUGCAAGGAAGCAACAAUGCAAAAGAUCCGACAAGCCAUCUCGACGAGCGAGUCACAUUCCGCUGUCAAUCCUAAAGUAAAUGUCCAAUCGAAACUGGAACCAGUUACCGAUACAGAUCUGGAACGAAUUUUCGGACUGAUGAAGCCAACGUCGAAACAAUUGUUAGAGAAACAUGUUCAAUGGAGUCGACAGUACAAUAAAUGAAAUGCGAUUGGUGUUGUACGGGAAUCAUUUCUUUGACAUUUUAUUUUGAGCCUCUUUUUGACCUUGAUAAUAUCCUGUGUAGUAACCGCUCAUGUACCAUGACAUUAACAUCGCUGACAUAUUUUCCGAGUCCUCAGAUGUAUCG